CAUCGAGACAAUCGACUAAAACAUCCCUGUCUUGCCCAACCCUAUAAUAUUUAUACAGCUGAUUUGCCAUUAGUUUGAUAUCCCACUUUAUUUGUGUGAUAUUUUCGCCAGUAAAUCAAAUUCUACAAUCAGUUGUAAUUUUGUUAAGUUAAAAUGAGUGAAUCGCAUAGUGGAGAAGAGGAUAAUGGAUUUUACUUCGAGAGCGAUCAUUUGGCACUGCGUGGUAAUGCAGAUUACACAAAAAUGCUGCGCACAAUAACAAUACUGGAAGUGCAAAGAAUGCGGGUGCUCCAACAGUUAGAUGAAUUGGAGCUGGCGAAACAGCGAUACCUAAGCGAUCCUGAACUAUUGCUCCAAAAGCUGCGAAAUAAUGAAGAAUUAAUUUCGCCAAACUACAUGACAAUUGAAAAAAUACCGGAAAUAACUACAAACUUGGACCUUCUGCCAAACACAGACGUCAAGUUGAAGGAAGAAACAGAUACCGAAAAGAAGUUGUCAACUGUGCGCGGGCGCAUUGCGGAUGAGUCCAAGCCGGAAACUUUCAAUCAGCUCUGGUCUUGUGAAGAACAACGUCGCCUAGAGGAACUGUUAAUUGAAUACCCAGCAGAAGCGAUUGAAAGUCGUCGAUACGUGAAAAUCGCCAAAGCAUUGGGUAACCGUACGACACAGCAGGUAUGCAGUCGUGUGCAAAAAUAUUUUCAAAAAUUGCACGACGCCGGUUUGCCUAUACCGGGACGGCGCCCGAAAAGUCGGCGCGCUGGUCAAUCAAAAACAAAACACUUCUUUCGUCCGACGACCUUUUUCCCCGCAUAUAAUGUUCCUGUACACAUGCCAGAGGAUGAUUUUCUACUAUCCGAUUUGCGCGUUGAAAGCUCACCGGCACCAACAGAAGUAGGUAAUGCAUCCACUGGAAAGCCACCUGAAGAGGGAAACGAUGGUAUUGAGGUGCAAAGUGAAGAGGAUCGUGAUCGCAUGUUGAAAAUAUUAGGCAUCAUAAAAGAGGAGAAAAUGAAUACACCUGAAGGAUACAAUCCAGAUCCAUUGGCUCCACUGUGCGAUACAUGUCGCGUCACCGCUAUUUCACGUUUACAUUGGCGUUGCAACACCUGUUACGUAUACCUUAACCAAUGCUCCGAUUGUAUCGUGACCCAGUUGGUAUCACAAAGCUUUGAGCACCUGACACAUGAUGUGGUUACAGAGAAUGAUUUGUGACAUUUGGCUGCAUUAUAGGCAGAAAGCUGCUUUGAUUUCUCAAAUACGAUGAAGAUCGAAGUACCAAAGAAAUUAAUGCCUGGGAAAUAUUUAGUAUGAUGCUACAUGUUUCAAAAAAAAAAAAAGAAUGUAAAGAGGUGAUAGAGGGCAGUCAUCUUAAAACUGAAAACCGCACGCCCGGAUGUCUAUAGUUUUUAAGUAAUUUAUUAUUAAAGUGUAACAUUGCGAUAAGUUUGUGUUGCCAGACACCUUAAAUAAAAGUACGUUACAUCUGCAUUAAUUACCAAUUAAUCCACAAAAUUAAUCUACCUGUUCACAUAUGGCAGAUUACCUGCAAAAUUGAAAAUCAGCUGUCAAUACUGUUGUGGAAGACUAAAUGAAUUGUCUAAGGAUGUUGCUGAGUUAAAAACACGAAACGAAUGCCUGACGCUUGAAGUUGAUAAAAUUAAAGCAGAAAAAGAUAUGGUUAAAAGAAGACCUGCACAACUAGAAGACCAAUUUAAAAAAACAAAAUUUAAUAUUCAAAGGUUUAAAUCUGAGCGAGAUGGAAAAAUGACAGUGCUGGCAGAAAUGAAGUUUGAACAGGAUAUUGGAAUGGUUUUCAAAAAUUAAAAUAAGUUAGCGAACACCACAAUCUACAAAGAGAGAGAUCUUAACCUAGAGCGGCUACAAGACAAAAAGUUCUCAUGGAGCUGAAAAAGAAGAUUAUGACGAUUACCACUAAGCAGCGAAUAGGCGUCAAAGAUGACAAGAUGAAAAUUACGAACAAAUGGUUUAGGUGGAACAAGGAACAAAAGCUAGUUUGUGGCCAGGAAGAUGCAAGUAUAACCUUAAAAAUGUUGUAUGAUGAUAGGCUUCAACAUGUAAACAUAGAUUAUAAUUUAUUACUAAGUAAAAUUAAUGCAAAAAAUUAGAUAGAGUCUGCCAUAGCAAAUUAAUUAAUAAAAAUAAACUUAAAAGUAGUAUAACUGCAAAUGAUUUGAAAUGUACACAAUUUAAACUAAAUAUCAUUUCCUAUAAUGUCAAUGGCCUUGAGAACAAAUAUAUUUUCCCGGCAUUUUUGCAGUACAUUGUAAACCAGUAAAUGUGUUUGUACUCAUAGAAACCCAUCUAACUCAGAAGAAAAUAAACCAAGCAAAGAAAUACUUCCCAGA